AUGCCUCCGCCUGGAACUCCCGCUGCAAAAGUCCGCGAAAGCUCCAGCAUGAGGCUAAAAAAGUACUCUGACAUAUCUCUGAAAAAAGGAACGAUCGCUGUAGUGAUAGAAGUCGGUGGCAAAAUGAAUUAUAACGAGCAGCUAUGUGUGGAAGACUUUGGAGAAGCGCUGUGGAAAACAAUCAAGCGUGACAUUUUGCCAAAACUGGUGGAAAUCAGCGAAGACUACAUGAUUCCGCUGAUUGUUUUCACCUACGUAGGACUGAGAAAAUGUGCCGAAACUCACGAGAUUAGCUUUCCAAUCAAACUGCCUCUUCACAAGAUCCUCACUUAUCUCGACAACUACAACGACAUUAAACGACUAAUGAAGAAGCCUGGGCGGCAAUUUACCGGUGAAAAGAGACGAAAACACUUAGCAUCGCUGAUGAUAACUGCCGCCUUCAAGAUGCGAAGAGAUCGAGAAUUUUAUUUAACAUACAGGAGGCAACAACAAUCUGCUGGCAUCAUCGCGAUUUCCUGGGUUAUGUUUGUACGAAUGCGCCGCUGCAAGAGAAAGCUCGUAGAAGUUCGGAAAGAGCAAUUGAAAAGCUAUCACAAAAGACUUUCCAAAAUGCGCAUCGAGUGGCCCAUGUGGGUCGAGCAGCCAAAGAUUAUCAUCCAUUUGCCAAGCCUGGGCUUUCGUCGACAAAUUCGAUUCACAAUCGAGGAUCUUGAACGAAGACAAAUGUCGCAAAUGGCAAGGCUGAUCGAUUCAACGAAACCGAAUACGCAAGUUAUUUUCAUCUCAGCCAUGCCUUUUACUGACGAUCUACAAAGAUAUUACAACAGAUUAUUAGGAAUGAGUCCAGCAGUGCAAACGAGUAAUCCAGCUCAACUCAAAGAUCCCGAAAAAGUCACCAGAAAAUUUACAAUAAUCGUGCCAGAAACAAUGAACCAAUUCCCGACACAUUGCCUUAAUUUAGCACAACAUUUAAAGUACUCUGCUGAAGCAAUGGGUCGCCUAAAAUCACUCAUAAAAGGACAACGAGCGAUUAUUUAUCCUGGCUACGUUUGCGCAGACACGUUAUCAGUUGCUGACGAACUCGACGUUCCUAUUUAUGGAUCUGAGCCUGAUCUUGUCCAACUGUACUCGGGAAAGUCCGGCUCGCGAAGAAUCUUCAAAGCAGCAAAAGUUGAAACACCACCAGGCGACACCGAUAUUUACAACUACCAACAGCUUGUCGAAUGCCUGGCAGAGCAAGUUACGGCACAUCCCUUUAUUGAUGAGUGGCUGAUCAAGCUCGAUUCUCAGUUUGAUGGCCGUGGGACUUACAUUUUCCCAGCAAGAAAGCUUCCUGGAAUGGGACAGCUUCGGAGCGAGUGCACAAGAUACGGCGAAUCGCGCUGGCGCCAGAAGAGUUUCCAACAGACGAUGUUCAACAAAAUCCUUGAGCAAGUGCCAUCUGUUCUAAAACUCGCCACUGCUGGAAACAAGAAAACAAAGAAAGCAUACCCUACUCUUGAAAAGUUUAUGAGCGAGAUUGGAAGUCAAGGUGGAGCAAUUCAAGCAGCACCGGCGACGAAAGAAAUGACGAAUCUCACGGUCGACAUCGAAAUCACUCCAGAAAACAAGAUCAAAUUCGUCUCUUCUGGUGAUCAGAUACACUCCGAUCGCUUCGAUGUCUGGGGCUGGUCGCUGCCCCAAUCUUCCGUUGAGCCCAUUGACUUGGCUGAUACUGUUGGGAGGAUCGGACAAGCUUGCAUCGAUCGUGAAAUCGUUGGCCCGGUCAAAAUCACCUUCCUCACUUUCUUCGACGGCAAUCAGAGACAACGACUCUGGGCGACUGGAUUGAAACUCAUGGCUUCUGACUUGUCUUCGAUGACUCAACUGGCCAAGUUCUCGACAGGGGCCGAUUUUGAUGCAAUGAAAGGCGAGUUCCGAGUGGCCGUUACUUCAACUCAAAAGGUCACAAGGGAAAUUCAAUUAGAAGGAGUCAACAAUACGAUCGUCACUAAAAAAGAGACAAGGAAUGAGGAAGUGGUCAAAAUCGAGCCCAGACACGCCGUCGUCAGCACCCAGCUUAUUCACACAAAUCUGGCGGUGCUGCAUUACACCGUGUUCUUUCAAACCUGCCGAGUUCACGCCAUUGGUAUCGAUGUCAAGAACAAGGUCGGUACAGUCUUCACCUUGAUGGAUACUGUCAAGCGAGAGAAUAUGGGAAUGGUGACGGUCGAGAAAACGCUCGCGGAUGCGAUUCAAAACGCUGCUAGAAAUUUGUAUGUCCUGCACAACGAAAUCUCAGCGCCCAAUAUGCAAGGAAAGAGUUCGAAGAACUAA